UUAUCACCGGUUAGCAACUAACCACCGGUACAGCCUAACUGCAGGGAAUCCCGAUUCUCAACAGUCAACCAUUCGUUUAAAAAUAUAAGCCAUCACCAGUUCACUACUUUUUGUUUUUGGCACCUGAUUCUGGUGUUGCCACACCUAGUCCAGCCAUUACUCCACUGCAAUAUUGCUUAGUCUCAACCCGCGGCUCCGACAUUUAUUUAGUGUUCUGAGGGAGAUGUGUUUGGGAUAUGGUUUUACAACAUGGCGAGGGACGUGCACGUGGUCUCUCCCGACCCUCAGGUUGCUGCGGCCGCCGUGAAGAAGAAGACGCAGCCGGCCAGGAGUUGGAUUCUCAUCGAUGCUUCUGGACAAAGCACUACUCUUGAUGCUGACAAGCACGCGAUUAUGCAUCGGGUGCAGAUUCACGCGCGUGAUCUCCGAAUUCUCGAUCCAUUGUUGUCUUAUCCCUCUACCAUUCUUGGACGAGAGGGGGCUAUUGUUUUGAACUUGGAGCACAUCAAGGCAAUUAUUACUUCUGAAGAGGUAUUGCUUCGAGAUCCACUUGAUGAAAAUAUUAUCCCAGUUGUUGAGGAACUUCGAAGGCGACUACCUCCUGCGAAUGUCAUUCCCCAAGGCCAAGGAGAUAGAAGAGAGUAUCCCAGCGGGCAAAAUGAGGUUGAGGCGGAUGAAGAGGACGAGUCUCCAUUUGAAUUUCGAGCACUGGAGGUAGCUUUAGAAGCCAUCUGUAGCUAUCUAGCUGCGCGUACAGCAGAACUAGAGUCUGCUGCUUAUCCUGCUUUAGAUGAGCUCACCUCCAAAAUUAGUAGCCGUAACUUGGACAGAGUUCGUAAAUUGAAGAGUGCAAUGACUAGGUUGACUGCUCGGGUUCAGAAGGUGAGAGAUGAACUUGAGCAACUUCUGGAUGACGAUGAUGAUAUGGCUGACCUUUACUUGUCAAGAAAGAUGGCUGGUGCAUCGCCAGUUAGUGGAUCAGGUGGUGCCAAUUGGUUUUCUGCUUCCCCUACCAUAGGUUCAAAAAUUUCUAAGGCAAGUAGAGCGAGUGUGGCAACAGUUCGUGGAGAUGAGAAUGAUGUUGAGGAGCUUGAAAUGUUAAUAGAGGCCUAUUUUAUGCAAAUUGAUAGCACACUGAACAAAUUAACUACGUUGCGUGAAUAUAUUGAUGAUACAGAGGAUUACAUCAAUAUUCAGGUAGAUGACGUUGAAAUUGAAAAAUUGAAUAAAAGAAAUUCUUUUGUGUUGUGUAUGUGUCCCUUGAUUUUUGCGAAAUUUUUCCAGCUUGACAAUCAUCGAAACCAGCUGAUUCAGUUAGAGCUGUUUUUAAGUUCAGGAACUGUCUGUACGUCCUUCUACUCUUUGGUGACUGGAAUGUUCGGCGUGAAUAUUCCAUAUACAUGGAAUCAUAACCACGGAUACAUGUUUAAAUGGGUGGUAAUGGCAACAGGAGCAAUUUGUGCCACUUUCUUGAUACUGGUUAUGUCCUACGCUCGCUCAAAGGGUUUGGUUGGAUCUUGAAAAAAGAUCAGAAGUUGGAUCUGUUGAAUUAAGCAAGCCUGGAGGAAGUUGAUAUGGGUCGUCAAAAGCCUGAUCAAUUGGUUCAGACACCGACAUUAUAAUUGUAAGACAAUACAGAAUGUGAUAUGCUUACUUAACGGUGAGAUUUCUCAGCAUUUAUCUUGCAGGCAUCCGCAUUUAGGUAUAAAUAUAGUUUUAUUUUGUCAAUGUGUGACCAUCAUGAUGUUUUCAAAACAUUGAUAUCGUCCAAAAAUAUAAAUUAAUUCAUUGAGAUUAUUUUUGUUCCU